UGCCCUCUCCGUCUCCGGAGGAGGCUGGUGGAGUUUCUACAAUCUGAAGUCACGAUGGAUGAUUCUUCUCAUCCACAAGUGACCACCGACUGCCUUAUAUAUAUUUUUACAUAUCUGAGCGAGGAAGAUUUAAUGCGUGUUUCAAGCGUUUGUAAGGACUGGCAUGACGCUGCGGAGACUCCCUGGUUAUGGAAGAGGAUAUGCCUGCAGCACUGGAGUUUCUGCAACCUCGCAGCCCUGGGGAGUGAACAUGACACUUGCUCCUGGAAAAGAUAUUUCCUACGCCGUAGUUUCUUGGAGGCUAACAUGACAAAAGGUUACACAUGCACGAGCCUAAGUGGACAUACAGGCAAGGUGGUUGGUCUGGCGUAUCUGCAUGGGAAUCCUAGCCACAAUCCAAACCUCUGGAACAUGGAGGCCACUGUUUGCAGUGCCUCGACUGAUGGUACAGUCAGAGCAUGGAACAUCCGAAAUGGCGAACUUCUGUGGUGCACACCUGUGCAGAGUCCUUUGACAGGGAUUAUCUGCGAGGAGCAGCAUCAAGUUGUGAUCACAUCUGACUCGAAUGGUCUUAUAAAGACCUGGAAGGGCCAGACUGGUAAAGAGUUAGGCUCCUUUUCUACAUCAUCUCCACAUUGUACUUUGCUGCAGUACAGUAAAAACAACGAUUGGUUCUUGACUGUUGGAACCAGUCAGGGAUCAGUGCACACACUGACUGGUUUUACUUUGACCACAAAAUCCAGGGUUGUGGUGUGUGACUCCUUCAAAGUCGACUUACUUUUAAUUUCACCUGACAAGAAGUGGGUUGUUGCUGGAACCAAGGACAGUAGUGAUAUAUUUCCAAAGGUGAUUUCCAGUGUGAGUUUGACCUCUCCCUCUGAAGAUGAAGAUCCUCUGUGCCAGUCUCUGCCAGUCACUGGGUGCCAUGCUGCUGUCUUUUUACCUAGUUUGCCUGCCAGGCUGGCCAUUAUCCACCAAUGUGGCAGCUUCAGAAACAAAAAAGCCCUGACUGUAUUCGAUAUCAGCACUAAAAAGAAGUACUCGUCAGAGAUCAAUGUCCAGCAAGUGGAGUCCUUCCCCUUGACGCUGCUUUCAUCCGAGUCACAGAUCCUCUUAGAGGCCAAGAGUAGUGACUGCAUUGUGCUGGCAUCUGGUCAGCAGCUGUGGGUGUACUCUCUGAAAGGAGUCCUGCUCACUAGCUUUUCAGAUCACAUUCUGCCCAUCUCCUCUAUAUGUGUGGAUAGUUUUCGCCUCGUGACCGCUUCUCAGGACGUCUCUUUACGAGUGCUAACAUGGAGGAACAGCAGAGACAAUGGAGUGACUCUAGAGAGUCAUUUUUACUUGCGGGGAGGCUCUCGUGCAAUGUCCAGAGGGUUCACUCAUGUGGCCUGUGACUACUCCAGCGUCGUGGCCUCACUUGAAGGGGUAGAUGGCAUAGAUGUCCUGAAAGCAUACUCCUUUACAACGUGAGCAUCCCAGGCCAAAAAAAAAUGUUAAUAUAUUCUUCACAAAAUGUUUAUGAACGCUGUACAUUUUGAGGGUUCAGUGAUGUUUACAGAAAAACAAAACAAAUGUUGCUCAUAAAUUUGUGGUAUUAGCAAGGCAAAGACUUACUGAGUGAAAAUGCUUGUUAGGUCCUAAAGAAAAAGCUGUUUCCUUUUUUUGUGUUUGGGUUUAAGGCAAAAUGCUUCUCAAAAAAUAAUCUGUUCUUCAAUGUGUUUCUGUCAUUCUUGAGAAUGGUCAAACAAAACGCAGGCAGCUGUGAUGAUUAUAGUCAAUUUUAGAGACACUUAAAGCCACAUAAACACUUGCUACUUUUUUACAAUAAAGAACUGAAAAAGG